UCCAAUAUUGUUUAUCUACCGAUUUGAACGAUCCAGAUAGCCCUCUUUGGGGUGAAUUCGUUCAUGUAAUUCUUUGCGCCAUGCGCUUGUCAUGUUCCUGCCAUUGACGUUGGAGCUUGAUCAAUUUGUCUCGUCCAGCAGGCAAGCUGGACACAUCUCUCGGAUAACAUGCAGUCCCAACUGACCAGAAGGGUUUUCCAAGCCAUUUUGAAUAACGAGCCCGUUUACUCUCCAAAAUGUCACGGCCGCUUGCUGCACGCCAUAUCCGGCCCUCAGGCCCGAAAACUCGGCUUCCAUGGUCCCCAUCGCGCCCAGCGACGCGGUCUUUUCGCGUUUAAUAUGCCAUCACCUACCGGCGGCGAACAGAAUUCUACCUUACCGUCAGAGGCAGGACUGAAAUCAAUGAGGGAUUUAACAAGGUCAUUGGCGGAUAAAAGCAGGGUCCCGCCAAACGAGGUUCUCUCGAAGGCCUUUCGAGACUUCUUCUCGUCGCGAAUUGAAUCUCCAGGGGUCAUUACGGAUUUUCAGACACACCUACUUAUUGCCACAUGGAAUCAUUUGAAAGCCCAGCAGAAUGAACUUGAGCCGGAAGACUGGCAAGCGGUCUUUUCGGUAGGGAGUCUAGAGAAGGUAUUAUUUGUCCUGUCUGAGACGAAGUGUCCUCCGGAAUGUCACGAAUCCGUCCAGACGAUAGCGCGCUUUGCUUUCCUAGAACUAUGCGCCAGCGACGAACUUGGUCCCGAUGGUGCUAGCGAGCCAGCCGUGAUCGCCUAUGUGAAUAUACUGUCUUCGAAUGGUAAUCCGGAAGAGGCACAGCGUGUGGUCCGGCAGUUCUGGCCGAGCCUUCGAGAAGCCAGGCCCUCUCCCUGGCUCGCGGUCAUGAAAGGCUUUGCCAUGAAGGGUGACCGACGCCGACUCAGGAAAGUACCAGGAGAACUUGAAAAGUAUGAAGGAAGAUUCGACCCAGUCUCUCAUGGAGAAAUAACCAAGAUUCUCAUUGAGCAUGAUCUUCUUGAUGCGGCCAAGGCCAUGUACGAAUGCCCUAUAUCUGAUGAUCUAGAACCGUCUCUCUCUACAAAAGAGGCGGUGAUCAAGUUUGCGAUUAGGAAGUCUGACCUCGCCUGGGCACAACUGGUAUUCGAGUCCCUUCCACCAAGCCCGAAUCCCGAAACGAGAAAUGUCACCUUGCUCUGGGAGGUAGUUCACGGGAAAGGGGCAGCUGAGAUUGCCGAAAUGCUCACGAAUUGGGUGGCUGAAGAUCCAGAAAUUAAAUCCACACUCAGCAUAUCAUGUGUGAAUAACCUAAUCGAGUACGCAAAUUUCCAAGAGAACCCGCAGCUGGCUGCUGAAUUUGCUGCAUUGGCAUCUGAAUGGGACCUCGAGCCUGAUAUGCAGACGAGGCUGUUGCAUCUGGAAUCUCGGAUUCAGGCCGGUGAUGUCAAGGGUGCACUCGAAUGUUCCCGGAAUUUACUGAACCUUGAUCAAGUGGCCCUUGCAAAUUUACCACUGAUGAACAAACUUAUAAAGAUGCUUUGUUACUGCGAGCAAAGAGAUUCCUUAUUCGACCAGACGUCGUCUCUCCUCGAUCCUCUAUUCGAGAAUAAUGUUCUUCUGGAACCGGAAACAGUGGCAGCAUUGACACAUAUGUUACUUUACCGCCACGAUUACGAAGCUGUUUCAGAACUGCUCCGGCCGUCGCUCGGCUCCUACGAUUCAGAAGGAAGGACUAAGAUCCGAAAUGCCCUCACAGGAUUCAUCACAGAUCCUAACCAAGAAAGUGACCAGGCUUGGGAGGCGUACAGCCUCUUGCGAAUUGCUUUUCCGGAAACGGGUGUUAGCAUGCGGACCAAUAUAAUGACAUCCUUCUUUAAACGGGGCAGUAGUGAGCAGGCCUGCUUGGUCUUCGGACAUAUGCGCCAGGCGGAAGAUUUUGCGCACCGGCCAAAGCCAGACACAUAUGCCAGAUGCUUCCAAGGAAUUUCACGCGCAGGAGACGCAGAGAAUCUCGAACUUGUCCACAACAUGCUGAAAUUGGACCUCGAGGUAGAUCUCAACACAAGAAUACUCAACGGGUUGAUGCUCGCCUAUGCCGCUUGCGACAUGCCGGAGAAAAGCAUGGCGAUAUUCCGCCAGAUUCUGCGGUCAGACGAGGGACCCUCACACAAGACUAUCACUAUCUUCUUCAAGGCAUGCGAGAAACACCCUAACGGAGCUCACGAAGCAAUGAAGAUGAUGAAGAAAGUCAAACUCCUUGAAAUCGAUGUCGACCGGCGACUAUAUACCUCCUUCGUAGAGGCUCUGGCAGCACAGUGCGAAUUCGACCGCGCCGCCGAAGCUAUUGAUAAGAUGCAGUCGGAGACUGGCUAUGUACCGACUCGGAAUACAAUCGGCUUCUUCUAUAACGCAAUCCCAUAUCAAUACUGGAAAGAUCAAGUUGAGCAAUGGGCCAAGGAGAAAUACCCCGAACAGUGGCAGCAACUGGAGGAGUUGAAACGCACCGAGACCGAGGAGGGAUUGGUGUUUGAUGGCAUCACAAACGAAAUUGUUGUAUAGCGCCACUUACUGUCUGUAGAAGCCCAGGUUUUUUUUGAUUUGAUGGGGAUUUUUACUGGAAAAGAAAAGCAAGUUGUGUAUUUGUAUACAAUAAGCACAAUGUAAAUAUACAUAUCAGUAGUAGUGAUUGCAGCAUGUGGAAGAUUUCAACUAUCUUUAGUGAUGUUCCAUAAUAGCACAGGAGUUAUUGGGAUCAAAAUUUACUGCAUACUUCACUCAUAAUGUAUC